UCUGAAAGCCCGGUUCUGUUUGUAAACUUUGCCUGAUAUUCAAUUUUGCCCAAAUUUAAUCUUGCAGUAUAGAAUGAAAAUUCCCUGGCAAAUUGUCAUCUACGUUCCACCUUUCUAUCUCAAGUGAUAAAAACAGUUGUUUUCUUACUUUUUUGCAAAAAUUUUUCCACCAUGGACACGUCGGUAGAAACUGAUAAAGAAUCAGUUCCUGUUGUUUCUGUACGUUUAGUUAGUGCUGAUUAUUACAUGAGCAGUCCCAUUCCUGGAUUGGAUUUUGGAUACUCAACAUAUAGGGGGUUAGAAAUAAAAAAAGUACCAGUUAUUAGGAUUUUUGGUUCAACAUCAACAGGGUAUAAAGUAUGCCUGCAUGUACAUGGGGUGUUUCCAUAUUUAUAUGUCCCUUAUGAUGGAUCAGCUCCACCUGAUAAAAUGGGCCAUCAGAUUGUUAUAGCUCUUGAUAGAGCUGUAAAUAUUUUACAAGGCCAGGUUAACUCAUCGUCUCAUCAUGUUUUCAAGGCUGUACUUGUUAGUGGUAUUCCAAUUUAUGGGUAUCAUGGAAAAGAACACCAACUUUUCAAAUUUUAUUUUUACAAUCCCAACACAAGAAAGCAUUCGUAUGACCUUUUGUUGAAUGGAGUUGUACUGAAAAAAAUUCUCCAACCUUGUGAAGGUCACAUACCUUACAUUCUUCAGUUUCUCAUGGACUUUAAUUUGCAAGGAAUGAAUUUCAUCCACUUGAAAAAAGCAUUCGCACGGCGGAAACCUGAUGACAGUGUCGAGAAUUUAUGUCCAAGUACGGCAGAGCCCGUGAGUUCGUGUGAAAUGGAACUCGAUUGUUUUGCCGGCGAUAUUCUGAAUUCUUUAGAUGUUCAAGACGGAAUCCAAAUGAAUCCCGGGCUGGCCGCCUUGUGGGAAGAAGAAAUAGAGCGUCGAAAGAUAAAAAAUAUCAAUUUAAAAAACAUACAUCCACCUGCUUCACCACCUAGAUCACGUGCUGUGCCAACCUCUAGUCAUGACUUUUACAAAACAAACUUAAGCAAGCAGUUGCGUGAAUGCGCUAGUGAAGCGGGAGAUGUAUCGUUGUCAUUUUGCGAAGUAAAUGAGCAGAUGGAAACAAGCUUAGCAAUUGAAACACCAGAAGGAGUUGAAAAGACGUUGCUGUCAGCUUCGAGUAUUGAUUUCCACGAUUCAGCAGAUAGAAGGAAACCGAUGGCGACUCCUAUCGAAGAAGAAUCUGAUCUGUUGGAUGUUCUCUGCGAUUUGGCUGACGAACACGGAUCUUUUAUCAGUUCACCAUCCAGAAUUCCAAGUUCCAGCAUUGAGGAUAGAGCUGUAGGAUCACAAAAUUCCAGAUCUUCAAGGCUUACUGUUACAACCCCAAUAUUGGAUAUUAUUUCCAGUAGUGAUUCGGUUGAGGAUUUACCUUUUGAUGACGAUAGUAUCUUAGGGACCCAGCAUUCCAGAACUUCUCCGGAUGAUGCGGAUGCAGUGAAUACUGGCAUAAAUGAUCCUACAAGUGAUAGUGACGAAGAACGCGAGACUUUGGAAAUGUCACAGAUAUUUGAAGAAUCAGAUCACGCUGUUGAUUCUUUUCACUGCGGACAGAGUCGGACAAAAGACAUUCGAUUUUCUUCAGCUUCUUACACUCUCGAUCAAAUAAUUGAGCAAGAAGAGCUUGACGAAGAGAGUUCUAGUUCGUCGUUUACUGAACAUUUUCUACCAAAUGUCGAUGGAGCCAAUGAUGACAGUUCGGACGAUGAAUCGAGUGAUUGCGGAGCUUCUAAAAGGAGUAAAAAGGAUACCAAAUAUAAACCUUUGGUAUUUCGGUCGACGAAUUCAACAGCCGGUAGUGUGCAAAAUAAGGCCGGCACCACCCUCAAACUGACGUCACCUUCCUCUAGCUCUCAACGUUUUCCUAGUGCUUCAUUUUUUACAUCGACAAUGCCUCAAGUGAAUAAUUCGAUAAGUAGCGAUACGCAAUCAGAAACCCGUAAUGUGUGCAGCAAAUCAGCUUCGACUAAAAGUCCACAAACGGAAUCCAUUGCAAUGCCAAACAACUGUGAAUAUGCGGAUGCCUUAUACGCAAUGAGCUACUUAAGCCCUCUUCCCCUCGAUGCGCCGGAAUCGCCUCCAAAGCCUGGAACUCCAAUCAAAGAUGCGCGAGUAGCAAUAGGCCCACUGUUGGAAGAUAUUUCAGCUUACGAAAGCGCAAGCGGUGGUAAAAUCAAGUUCAAUUCCAAACGGGUGUUAUUAAAAAGUCUAGAAGAAGAAAUUAGCACUUACCAAAGCCAAAACAAUCGAAAGCUGCGACUGCCACCAAGUAUUUCUUAUCAACAGACUGUCAAGAAACAAACUGGUAGAAAACGAAAGAAAAAAUCGGAUGCGGAUGUGGAAGAGAAAAGGGUGCCACAAAUGGAAGGAGCAUAUCAAGAUGUGAAAAGUUCUUUGAUAGAUACCACCCUAUUGCUUUCACAGAAACUGAAAUCGAGCCAGAAUAUGAGCCAAAUAGAAAGCUCGAUGACAGUUCUAAAGGAGAGAACAGUAUCAGAAAUCCAAUCGCAAGAAUCUGAACAAAUUUCAGAUGGAGAAUCAACUGAAUGUGUAUUGCAAGAAAUCGGGAAAGAAACCGAAGAUGUUAAAGAAGACGAAAUGGCCAGUGAAAAAGUUUAUAGCAGCUGUUCAACGACUGAGGAAGACGAUCAAAAAAUAAUAGCAGAUUCCCAAUGUAAAAACAUGACGAAUGAAACAAAAAAGGACGAAGAUGACAUAAAAGAUGAGGCAUCCGUAAGCGACGCUGAACUAAAUUUCUCCUCUCAAACUCCCAAUAAUUUACAGAUGUCCCAAAUUCCUCCGCCAUCAAGUGAUGACAGUUCUGGAAAUUGCGAAAGAAUAUCUGAGUCAAUGUUUGAAAUUAAAUCUUCUCAUACAACAAUAGUGAAUCCCUCGCGUCCUUCGAGCAGUCUCAUCUAUUCUACCGAUCACUGUGAUUCGUCCAAUUCGACUUGGGACGGUGACAAUAGUGGCGUUCUUCAUGGCAAUGAUGAAACUGACCGACCAGAGACACCACCUACCCCGCUGACAGAAUGUUCAGAGAUCCCACCGCAAGUGCUAAAUCCAGCAACAGCCUAUACUACCGCCACUGACGGCCCAAGUGUGGAGCGGGUGACGUCAACCAUGUCGAUUUACGACAUUCCAUCAAAAGACAAUUGCAAAGCGUUUUGGGGCGAUGCAAAUGACCUGCCGUCCAUAAUCAAAUCAAAAGACAUUCGCCGCCAGUCCGUACUGAUUGGCUCCAAUUUAAUUUGCCACUUGCCAGAAUUCGGAACGACUUCGCAACAGAUUGAUGAGGUGAAUUUAAAUGAGGCAAAUCUUCCGGUCGUUCUGGCGUCACUUACCGACCCUCCAAGUAGACAAUCCGUCGUUCAAUGGUUAAAAGACAAAAAUGCCCGGGAAUCUUCUGAUGUGGCCAGCUCAUCGGAAGUCACAACGAAAAAACGUGAAAGAGCAGAAAAACAAAAAAAUGUUUGUGAUCGAUCUCAGUUAGAAGCGGCAUCUUUAAACAAUAGUUUCGGCUUUCGGGUAUCCUUUGGAAAUUGCCUCGAAGCAAAAGCUGUCCAUCAAUACCAAUAUUUGACCAUUUUGAGCGUGGAACUUCACAUUGAAACGCGGCAAAAUUUGCGACCAGAUCCAGAAUUUGACACUGUUAUGGCUUUGUUCUACACUAUUACAAACGACGUGCCUUUGGAGAGUCCAACACCUGAGAUGGUGACUGGCGUGAUUAUUGUUGACCCCGAAGACGUUCCAGGACCAAACCAGAGGAGCAGGCUUUUGAAUCGCACAGCUAUUGUUAACUUUGAAGUCAUCUCGGUCACUAGCGAAUUUGACUUGUUUCAGGAACUAGCAAAGCUCGUUAACUUUUGGAAUCCCGAUAUCGUGGUUGGCUAUGAGAUUGAAAUGCUGUCUUGGGGCUAUUUACUGCAGCGUGGAACCGUUCUCGGAAUACACGUUCAGAAUCAACUCUCUCGGAUACCGGGAGCAUAUCCAGACCGCCAUGGGGGAAUUCCCGAAGACAUCAUUGAAGGAGGUUAUAUGGUAGAGAAGAAUUCUGACAUCACUAUAGGUGGCCGCAUCGUUCUUAACUUGUGGCGGAUUCUUCGAGUCGAGAUUGCACUCCAAAGUUAUACAUUUGAAAACAUGGUUUUUCAUAUUCUUCAUCGUCGAGUGUCCACUUUUCCAUUUGAAAAACUGACUCGCUGGUGGAAAAGCAAUCAUGACCGAUGGCAAGUAGUUGAGCACUAUGUCUCUCGUGUCCGGGGCAAUAUGGAACUUAUGGAACAAUUAGAUGUUAUCGGCAGAACCAGUGAACUUGCACGUCUCUUCGGCAUUCAGUUUUACGAAGUUUUUACUCGUGGAUCUCAAUAUCGUGUUGAAUCUAUGAUGCUUAGAUUAGCUAAGCCGAAAAAUUUCAUCGCAGUUUCUCCAUCGGUUGUACAGCGUUCAAGAAUGAAAGCCCCUGAAUGGCUUCCGCUGAUCCUGGAACCCGAAUCCAAAUUUUAUACAGAUCCGGUGCUGGUUUUAGAUUUUCAGUCGCUGUACCCUUCGAUGAUUAUUGCAUACAAUUACUGUUAUUCCACAUGUCUGGGCCGAACUCAACUACUGGGCAAAAACGAACCGUUUGAAUUCGGAUGCACUCAGUUACUCGUUCCACCCGCCGUAGUCCGAAAAUUGGUUAAACAAGAUUUAGUAAAUAUAUCACCGGCCGGAGCAGUUUUCGUUAAACCGGAGGUUAGAACAGGCAUCAUACCUCAGAUGUUAAGCGAGAUUCUCAAUACGCGUAUAAUGGUUAAACAAUCUAUGAAAGAAUAUGAAGGCGAUACAACCUUACGUCGGGUGUUUGAGUCACGCCAAUUGGGGCUCAAACUUAUUGCCAACGUUACCUACGGGUACACUUCAGCCAACUUUUCGGGUCGCAUGCCGUGCGUGGAACUGGGUGACAGUGUUGUCAGCAAAGGUCGUGAAACCCUGGAACGGGCAAUUCAUUUAAUCGAGGAGCGAUCGGAAUGGAAAGCGCGUGUGGUUUACGGUGACACGGAUUCCGUCUUUGUUUUACUGCCCGGCCGAAGUCGGGAAGAAGCAUUUAAAAUCGGGGACGAAAUUGCACUUGCUGUUACUCAAGCCAAUCCUCAACCAGUCAAACUUAAGUUUGAGAAAGUUUAUCAGCCCUGCAUACUUCAGACUAAGAAGAGAUACGUUGGUUACAAAUACGAAUCAGUCAAUCAGAAAGAACCGGUAUAUGAAGCGAAAGGCAUCGAGACUGUGCGUCGUGACGGCUGCCCUGCUGUUGUCAAGCUACUGGAACGUUCAUUGCGUGUGCUCUUUGAAUCGUGCGACGUCAGUAAAGUGAAAGUUUAUGUGCAGCGCCAAUUCACCAAGAUUCUGCAAAACCGCAACAGCUUGCAAGAUUUCAUUUUUGCUAAAGAAUUUCGCGGACGUGAAGGCUAUAAGCCAGGAGCGUGUGUUCCAGCACUGGAGAUUUCCAAACAGCAGUCGAGGAUUGAUCGGCGCUCCGAACCGCGUAUCGGCGAGCGUGUUCCAUAUAUUGUUGUUUACGGAUCACCUGGAGUCCCUCUUAUUCGUUUGGUAGUUCCAGCAAAUCAGUUACUGAUUGACACUUCCCUUCGAUUGAACGCCCAUUAUUACAUCACUCGAGCUAUUAUCCCUGCGCUGCAGAGAUGCCUGGGACUUUUGGGUGUUGACGUCCUUUCGUGGUACCAAAGUCUUCCGCGAGCGUGUGCACCGCCAACUUCCGCUGUGCCAAGUGAACACAGUAACUCGCGAAAAGCCACAAUUUCCCAGUAUUUUGGCUCGUCAGUUUGUCUCCUGUGCGACGAUCCCAUCCUGACGAAUGGCCUGUGCGCCGCGUGUGGUUCCAGUCGCCAAACUAGCGCCUUCUCGCUGUCAGCUAUGCAACGUCUCAGGGAGAAGGAUUACACCGAAUUGAUCAGCCUUUGCCAGAGCUGCACGGGCAACACUCGCAUCGAGCGUGAUUGCAUCUCCAUGGACUGUCCAGUGCUUUACAGACGCGUCAAGGCCUUCCAAAAUCUACAACUUGUGUCCAAGUGGCGUGACGCCUUGUCCCUCCUGUAAUUAUACGACUGGUAGGAGCCGACUGGAACUCUCGACGCAAUAAAAGCAAUCAUCAGUUACCCUGGAUUCAGACCACAGGGAAUAUUUGUUGGUAAUUGAUAUGGGAGGGGGGCCAUAAAGCGAGACGGAGAAAAAUAUUAUUGGGCUGUUGAGCUGCUUGGUUUGGCCUUGAUGUGCUUCAAAUGAGGUUUCAGAUGAUCGCUUUGGGUCACCUUGGAUGAUGCAGCACAUCUCGUAACCAAAUAAUGCGUCUAUUCUUCGAUCUUCCAGGUAUGAAAGGACUAUUGAUGUUGUGGUAAUCCUCUUUGCUCCAAUCCCCACUUCCUCAUAGAGAAAGAAAAAUCCGAUUCUCCGAAUUCCAAGAAGCCAAUUUUGAA